UAUAUGUUGAGAGGCAAAGCAUUGGGACUUGCAGGACUUCGAAGAGAACAGGAAGCUAGACAAGCAAUCGACUUCAUCGCAAGUUCUUUUAGAAAGGAACUUUAUGAGUCACUUCAGAAGCAGCUUGAUGUUUUUCGAGAGAAUUUGGUUUUGUUUGCCCGAAAAUACCGGAAAAAGAUUGAAAAUGAGCCGGAGUUUCGAGCUCAGUUUCAUCGACUAUGUAUUUCUAUAGGAGUUGAUCCACUGGUUUCAAAAAAGGGGUUUUGGGAAGAAGUUCUUGGUAUGGGGGACUUUUACUAUGAACUGGCUGUGAAAAUCAGUGAAAUUUGCAUCGCUACUAGAGACAUCAACGGUGGUUUGAUUUUGUUGGAUGAAAUCAAGAGGUUGCUAGAUAAUCAUAACGACGAAAAGUUUACAAAAAGGACGUCCAAACGAAUCAUAUUGCGAAACCGCUACGAAAUUUCCAGAGACGAUAUAGAGAGAGCUGUUCAACGUAUUCAAGUUUUGGGAAAAUCGUACUCUAUAGUAUCCUUUGGAAACAUUCGGUAUAUUCAAUCGGUUCCAGGUGAACUUUCACACGAUCACUCUUGUGUUUUAUCUGUUUCCAAGGAGCAGGGCUUUACAACUGAGAGAAAGUUGGCAGCAAGUUUGAAGUGGUCCAAAGAGAGGAUUUUACUUGCGUUGAAGGGAUUGUUGGAAAUGGAACUUGCAUGGAUUGACGACCAAGACUUAGAGCGGCUAUACUGGUUUCCAUCAUUGUACUAUCCGAUAGAUGACUGAAAGAAAACAUUUACAUUUCAUUCCUGGAAGAAUCAAACACGUC